AUGUACUGCAUUGAGGGCCAGUCCAAGGCUCUGGCCAGGGGAUUCCAGAGGAUCUUAGAACCGUACACGAAUCCACACACCCCCAGCUUCAGCUUCGAGUGGGACGCAAGCAAGGGCGUCGCGGAAGCUAAUCACCAGCGGGACCUCCCUUUGUGGAAUUUCCGCGACCUUCGAGACAUGAUGAUGAGCUGGCGCUGGGUCAAGGCCGGGUGCUUCGUGGAACAUCAGAUCAUCCUGCCAGAGCAGGUGGCGACUGGGUGUUUGGACGAGUCCAGCCGGGAGGCUUUGAGGUCGCCUGACUCGUGGCGGGAUGGUGAAGAGACUCUCGAAUCGUGGCCCGCACCACGGAGUCCGUCGGAGCUGCUCGGACAGACUUGGCAGUUUUGCCCGGACGAUUUCUGGUCCGAUUCGGCUUGGUUCAUGCAGAAUCGUCGCCAUCACCGGAGGUUAGGACUUUGCAUGCGCUUCCUCGUGACAUUGGAGCAAUCCGAUAGUCCUGAAGGAGGGUGGUUAUAUCGUGCAAAAGGGGCUCCUUGGGCCUGA